AUGUCCCGGGGAAUAUGCCCACGCGUAACCUCUUGCGGACUCUUUUGGAUCUUAUCAGUGGUCAUAUUUGCGGUGAACUUGAUCGACGUGGACGCGUACAGCUGUCAUGAAGUGAGGACCGCUUUCCAGCUGCGGCAGGUCGGGCCGCUGCACCGCGUACCGGAGACACCUGGCACAGAUGUGGAUCUGUUAGUUUGUAAGCAUCAGGGUCCAUCCUGCUGCACCCGGAAGAUGGAGGAGAGCUACCAGUUUGCUGUAAAACGAGAAACGCUCCACAACAUUCACUCCUACAGCUAUGAGCUCGAGCACAUCCUCUCAGGCCACUCAGAUGCCUUCCAGGACAUGUUCCAGUACCUUCUAUCCUUCUCUCAGGGUCACCUGAGUUCUCUGUUGGAGGGAACCUACUCAUCCCUGUCCCGCAACACCCUUCCCCAUGUAAACCAACUCUUCUCCUCGCUCUCUCUAUACCUCCGCGGGGCCAACGUCUCUGUGGAGGCGACAGUUCACCAAUUUUUCAACAACCUCUUCCCCCUUGUCUACACAAGGCUCAUCAAUCCAGGCAUUGAAGGCAGUGUGAUGGUGGGCAGCGAAAUGGCUGACUGUCUCCGUAUGAUCAGGCAGGAUGUCAACCCUUUUGGGCCCCAUGCAGCCACCAUGGCUGAGGAGUUGGCUGGGGCAAUGGGCGCUGGGCGGCAACUGGGCCUGGCCCUAGAGGAAGGUCUGGAGGUGAUGAAUGCCACUGAACAUUUGAGCCUGAGCAGAGAGUGUGUAAAGGGCCUGGUGAAGAUGGUGUAUUGCUCCCACUGCAGAGGCUUGACGCUGAUCAAGCCAUGCGUGGGUUACUGUCUGAAUGUAAUGCGAGGUUGCUUGGCCAGCGUGUCAGAGCUGGAUCAGUCUUGGAGGAGGUAUACCAACUUGUUGGAGCAACUAACUCAUGCCAUGGCUGGGCACCACAGCCUGGAACUAGCACUGCUGGGGGUCAGAGGGCACGUUGCUGAGGCCCUGGUCUACGCAAAGCUUCACGGUCCACUCAUCACAGCCACAGUGGAGAAGGUGUGUGGCCUGUCUACUGGGAAACCUACUGGCAUGCCGCCUACUAGCCCAGAGGUCACAACCUCAGCUGUGACCUCAUCUACUCCUCUUCCAUCUGCAGCUCCCUCCAAACCUGUACCAGAGCAGUGGCUGGAGCAGCUAGCCCACCUGAGGAGCUCGUUCCCCCUGAAACCCUCCAAGAACAAUAAACAUAGUCUGAGAGCACUCUCUAGGGAAUUCCUGAUGUACCUGCAGCGCUAUAAAUCCUUCUUUGCAGCAUUGCCAGAGAUGCUGUGUGAGGGGGAGAAUGUAGUGGAUGACUCUACAUGCUGGAGUGGAGACGAUGUGGUGGAGAGCUACACUGGCAGAGUGGUAGGAAAUGGUCUGCAUGCCCAGAGGCAAAAUCCUGAGGUGAAGGUUCGCAGCCCAAACCCUACACUUGCUGAGGUCAAGGAGAGGUUGGAACGCUUCAACCAGGAGACCCAGGAGAAAUUUCCAAAACUGGGUCAGAUGGAGCCCUGGGACGAGCUGGGCAGUGGCGAAGUAGAGGGUAGCACAGAUUGUGAUGAUGAAGAUGGAUGUCAAGCCUCAGGAGAUGAUCAAGACAAGACCUCACAUACAGACGUCUCCAGUGAAAGAAAGUCCAAUGGGAGACAGCCUGGAGGUGACAGCCCACGUGAGAGCCCUGUCAAGCCCCCCUCUGUGAGGGUGAUAGGGGGCUCGCCGUCUGCCAUCUGGGCUCGACCCUGGAGCCUUGUAUUGCUUCUUGUUGCACUUUGCUUCCAGUGGACCCUGUUCUAAU